CUGUUGAUUUCUUCAGGACAUGCCUCAGGACAUGGACCUAGGAGGGACAUAAAGAACCCAAGCACACUCACCCUGAAGAAUGACCCAGUAACUGCAGCAUCCCAGUUGUGAGCCAGCUCAAGACAUAAAUUCCUUCUUCAGAUAGAAGCAUUUGCUGGAGAUGGAGCAAGAAGAUCAGGCUGUGUGUGAACACCAGGACUCAGAAGACAAAGAGAUGGGCUCUGAUUUUGAGAACACUGAGGACAGGGAAGGGGACCCAGAGGAAAAAGGAAUGGAUUCUAAUCCACAGGAUGUGGGAGACAGAGGCCACCUGGUGGAGGAGAUGGGCUCCAAGCCACAGGAUGAAGCUCUGAGAGGAGAAAUGCAGGCGAGGGAAGGAGCACGCAGCAUCCCCACAGAGGAGCUGCUGAGUGAGGAAGAAAGGGUUGAUCUCCCUGAGGAGGAGAAAAAGGAGGAGAAGAACGAGGAGGAGGAGGAGGAGGAGGAGGAUGACCAGCCUGGUGUGGCUGACAUGGCGGUGUUCUCAGGUCUGUCUGAGUCGGACAGCAUGGCGCGGAGCCCGGAACAGGAGGGUGAGGAGAGUGCUGCGGAGAACACACUGGAGGAGGCCGAGGAGGAGCCGCCGCCCGCUCCUGUGCUUCCCUGGAGGCGCCACCUCUCCCUGGGGGGCCGACACCGGGGUGCCAAGCCCUCACACCGCCGCUUCCACCGGCUGCACCACCCGUUGGCCGUGGACCUUGGGGAGCUUGACAGCUUGGUGGCCAGCAUCAUGGACGCACCCACCAUCUGCCCGGACUGUGGGGAGAGCUUCAGUCCGGGCGCGGCUUUCCUGCAGCACCAGCGCAUCCAUCGGCUGGCGGAGGCCGCGGCCGUGGCCAGCCUGGAGCCCUUCGGCCUGGCGGGCGAGUGCGGGGCGGUGGUGGGUAUGAUGGGGGUGAGCAUGGCAGGCGGCUUUGGGGCGGCCCCCGCUCUGGCCCGGCCCGCCCGCGAGAAGCCCUUCCGCUGCGGGGAGUGCGGCAAGGGCUUCAGCCGCAACACCUACUUGACCAACCACCUGCGCCUGCACACGGGCGAGAGGCCCAACCUGUGCCCGGACUGCGGCAAGAGCUUCAGCUGGCGCGCCGACCUGCUGAAGCACCGCCGGCUACACACAGGUGAGAAGCCCUACCCGUGCCCGGAGUGCGGCGAGGCCUUCAGCCUCAGCUCGCACCUGCUCAGCCACCGGCGCGCACACGCAGCGGCCAGCGGUGCAGGCGCAGCGGCGAUGCGGCCCUUCGCGUGCGGGGAGUGCGGCAAGGGCUUCGUGCGCAGAUCGCACCUGGCCAACCACCAGCGCAUCCACACCGGGGAGAAGCCGCACGGCUGCAGCGAGUGUGGGAAACGCUUCAGCUGGCGCUCGGACCUGGUGAAGCAUCAGCGCGUGCACACGGGAGAGAAGCCCUACAUGUGCUCCGAGUGCGGGGAGACCUUCAGCGUGAGCUCGCACCUGUUCACGCACAAGCGCACGCACUCCGGCGAGCGGCCCUACGUGUGCCGCGAGUGUGGUAAGGGCUUCGGGCGCAACUCGCACCUGGUGAACCACCUGAGGGUGCACACGGGCGAGAAGCCCUUCCGCUGUGGCCAGUGCGAAAAGUGCUUUAGCGAUUUCUCCACGCUCACGCAGCACCAGCGCACACACACGGGUGAGAAGCCCUACACGUGCAUCGAGUGCGGCAAGAGCUUCAUCCAGAGUUCGCACCUGAUCCGCCACCGCCGCAUCCACACCGGCAACAAGCCGCACAAGUGCACCGGUUGUGGCAAAGGCUUUCGCUACAAAACACACCUAGCCCAACACCAGAAGCUGCACUUGUGCUAGGUUGGGUAGGGCGAGUAGGUGGGGGCCUAAGCAUUCCCAGGACUGACUCUCUCAUGGAAGUGGGGGCAGAGGCAGGAGGGUCAAUCUGAAAGUGAGCGAGGAGCCUUUUGGUGUUCUGGGAUCCUGAAGGGAAGGGCUUAGGAGCAGUUAUUUCGGGGUGCUAUAUAUUUUGCCUACCUCCUCUCCAUCAAAGAAACUUUUGGGAGGUGUAGUUAGUUGGAUGACUUCCUCCAAUAUGCGCUGUAGAGCGUGAAGGGUAUGGAUGAGCCAGGGCUCUGAGGACCCUCAGAAAGGAGAUUUGCAGUGGGGAACACAAUGACAGGUACAGAGGACAUUGGCUGUGAUGGUCAGCAGGAGUCAGGAAAGCAGGCACGGCUGAAUGAGAGUUCUGGAAUAAAAUAAAUUGCAGGUAUGAAUCUGUCUUGGUCCCACCAGGUGCUAAGUGGUUGCCCUGACCUGACCCCUGAGCCCCUGUCAGCUGUCCUUGACCCCACAGGAGAGGACAUUGAUUGUACUCUCCCUUUCCUUUUUCUGAGCCACAAUUCGCUGCUAUUGUGAGGCAUCCGGGGGAAACGGCAGGAGAAACAAGACGACAAACCUUUACUUCUAGGGGUAACCUCUGGGGUUUAGAAAUUCAUUUAUAACUUGUCCUCAGAGUUCUUGGAAAAUGCUGCUCCUGGUUCUUUUCUGCUUCCUUGAAAGCACUCCAGCUUCAUGCUGAGUGAUGGUGGUUUGUGAAGAUGACCCGUCUCUUUCCUCUGUUGCAUGUAUACACUAGGGCCUGUUUUUUAUUUUUUAUUUUUUAUUUUUUUUAAGAUCUUACUUGUGAUUUUUCAGGUACAAAGAAUGGAACAGUCCCAGCUCUGUUUUGACUUUUCCCUUCUCAGGUCAGCUUGGUAUGUGUUUCAAGUGAACAGCAGACUAUCAACAGCCACCCCAGCCCCUCAGCAAAUGAAUAGCUCAGAAUUUUGCUGGCCUUAGGUGAGAAAUCCGGGAGAGUAAAGUUUGCUUGUUGAAAUGCAAACCCUCUUUGUCUCAUUUGCCUGCACUUUGCAUGCAUGUGCCCUGUCGGCCUGUAACCCCCACCUCCAUCCUCACUAAUGAGGGUUCUAGUCCAGGCUGGAAGUUCUGUUUCCUAUGUGUGCACUGUAGAACCCUCAAGGCUCUACACAAAGAGAGCACAGUCUGGAGAGGUGUAAAAGCAACAUUGCCAAAUAGCACAAGCGAUGAAUGUUUUCUAGUUCUACAGAUGCCAAAAUAACGCUUUUGGAUUUGCAAAGUGCUUUAUGCUUUUUAAUGAUUGUUAGUUGUUUCUCACAUCUUUGUGAGGUGAAUCAGUAUUAUGACCUCUUGUAGGUAAGGCCUGGGGACAGGAAUGUGGCAGGCUGUCCCAAAGGCCGGCCGAGGCCAAUGUGAAUUGGUGUGGCCUGACCUGUUGUGUUCUCUGGCUCAGCUGCUAGGAAGACUUGACCCAUCAUGAGUAUAUGAUAAGGACACUGAACAGUUUUAUGCUUGAUGCUCAAAUCUAGCCUAGAAGGGCCAAAGAUGUCCUUUUUGACAAAGCUGGUCUUUGUUACCUAGUUAGAAUGUCCUAGUUACAUUCCAUUUCUAGUAGGGGGCGGUAGUUAGAGGACUGUUGUGUAGAUUUCAGUUCCCUGCUCUGAAAAUACCCUCCUAUAGGUUAACCUUAGAAGUUAGAGUUGUGGGAAGAAGUAUUUUCUUCACUAAUAUUUGUUACCCCAUACUGUUCAUGGAAGCGUUUUCACAAACUGUUGGACACAGUUGAGGGGGAAAACUACAAAAUUGUUUUUACAGUUUUAGCAAUGUUUCUGUGGAUAUUAGUAAUUUAUACUUGAUCAGUUGUAUUCUAGCAAAGAACCUCUUUGAGGACAGUAGGAAAGCAUGUUUUUGUCAUAACACAAAAAAACCCUGAGAAUCUUGGGUUGUAUAUUGCCUAUUGAUCUUGCCCUUUUAAUCAUUUUGUUAUUAUUCAUAAAUGAAACUGGAUGUUCAUACUAGGGAUACUUUUGAGAGACAUGAAUUCAUUUUUAUUUUCUUUGAGUCAAGCAAAGUACCUGUUAUUUAUUCUGAAUUAUGUAGUUGGAAUACCAAGUGUAUACAGUCUAUCUAAAAAUAAUAUGACCAAUUUGUAGGUAAUCUUUCUCCUUUGUGUGAUUUUUUUUUAAAUGCACAUUUACCUCUUCCAGCUGUUUUGUUCUCUCAAGUCUAUGCCUAUACCAUCCUAUACCAUCUCAUCCAACUUUUGAUUAUUUAUGAGUUGAUUAUUGACUUUAUGUGUUCCUUCGUCUUUUGCUGCUGACAUGACAGCCUCAUCAUUGUCAAACAUAUCAGCAAAAUUGGAGCUCAGUGGGGAAUGGCAUGCGGGUCAAAGCUCAUGUAAAAUAGUAGCAGUUAAACUCUUUGGACCUCACCUCUCUUGUCCUUGAGUCAGCUAUGGCAUUAGAAUCCCUUCUCUUUGUCGGUAGAAAGCUGUUUAUCCACCAGUGCCCAAUCUCAUUGUGUAUUUAAAAUGUGAUUCUACAUUUCAUAUGCUUCUCCAGGGUGUGUACUCACAAUACAUGAUGUUAAAUGCAUUCAAAAUGGCAUUUCUUUUAAUUUUACAGUGAUAGGAUUUUGUCAGUAAACCCUGUUCACUGUGGGUCACCUUUGGAAAUGUUAAGAAUUCCUUUCUCCAAAUCAUUAAUGAUAGUAGCAGCAAGUGUAUUAUUUAUUUCUUAAGGAAUUUGGCCAAGACCUCUGCUAAGCCAAACCUGAAACAGAAGUUUGAUUAAACCUUGAGUUCUGGGUUUGAAGGAGAUGAACAUUUAACCCCUUGAGCCAUGUAGCUUCUUGUUACGGUCAAGAAGCUGUAAAUAUGUGAAAAGGUACGAAUUAAGGGUUUGUGUUCAUGGACAAUCUGAACUGUGUUUCUGAAGUUUUUGUAUACUUUUCUUCACUGUAAUGUUACUUUACAUCUGCUUGUUAAAAUAAUGAGUAAUUUAAUGCUUCUAAGAGGAACAGGUUUUGUGUGAGUGUGUGUGUGUGAAAACUGCCUUGUUUGGGGGUUUUAUUUAAUAUUGGCUCUUUGGAUAGUAUUCUGAUGUUCAGCAACAAAUAUGGGAUACUUGUCAUUUAAUCCAUGUCAGUCUUUAACUGUUAUUCCUCCUUAUUUGUUACUCAUGUUUUAACUGGUACACAAUUUGGUCUACAGAAGGUAUGUUAUGGUAAAAGAGGGGUGGGUGAGCUACCAGACCUGGCCCAACUCUUUUUGUAAAUAA